AUGAGCUGUCAGAGGAUCAGUCAUACCCGGCUGUCUCUGAUAUGGACGGCUCUUUGGCUCUUCUUCUGCUGCUGGAUAUCCAGAGCCUCAGCCUCUGCCCCUGGACAAGGCGACUACCUGGACUCCCCAGGGUCCCUCAGCUGGCUGCUGUCCGAUAAAGGACCUUUCCACCAGUCCUGGGAGUUUAGUGAAGCUGCAGAGAGGUACCACAAAGGUUUCACUACCAGAUACAAAAUCUACAGGGAGUUUGGUCGAUGGAAGGUCAACAAUUUGGCCUUGGAGAAGCGGGACAGUUCAUCGGGCAGCGGGGGUUUGUCUCCGCCUCUCGACCCCGAGUUUAUGCACAUGGUCAGGCAGCUGGGACGCCGGCCGAGUCUGCAGACCAUCACAGAGAGCCUCAUUAAGAAGUAUGGCACUCACGUCCUCAUCUCUGCCACACUGGGAGGAGAGGAGUCGCUCACCAUAUUUGUGGACAAGAGAAGACUGAAUCAGGAGUCUCAAUCUGCAGACAGUGAGGUCUCCAACAAGAACUCCAACUGGACCGGAGCAGUGACGCUGGAGACUCUUCACCACCUGGCUGCAUCCUACUUCACUGACAGAGAAAGCACACUGAGGAAACUGCACCAUCUUCAGAUAGCGUCCAGUGCCAUACGGGUGACGGAGACCCGGACAGGCCCACUCGGCUGCAGUAACUACGACAAUCUGGACACGGUGAGCUCAGUACUGGUCCAUAGUCCUGAGAACAAGGUUCAGCUCCAAGGGUUGCAGGUCCUUCUUCCUCUGUACCUGCAGAGCCGCUUCAUCCAGGCUGCGCUGGACUACAUUGGCUGUAAGUCUGAGGGUGAGUUUGUUUGUCAGAGAGGAGACUGCUGGUGCCGCUGCAAUGCAGACUUCCCUCACUGUAACUGCCCACUGUCCGAUCUGGAGAGUCUGCAAAACAACCUACUACGCAUCCAAGAGGCCUGGAGGAGCACCGACCGAGAUUUUGAGCAAUCUGAAGAGUUCCGAGGUUUUGUGGAGCGACUGCCAAAGCAUUAUGCUGUGAACACAUCGGUGGUGGAGCACUUGUGGCGUGCGGAUGCCUCCCUGCUGCAGCGCUACAGGCAGCUGGAAGCCAACAGCCUACAACUCGUCUCCAAAGCCCGCCGCACAGCUCACAAGCUCUUUAGCCUGAGCAAGAGGUGCAGGCAACAGCCCAAAAUAGUUUUACCACAGCCAAGUCAGGAGAGCCACAGCUGCUCCUGUCCCUAUGCCCCUGUGUCCUGCCAGGGUGUUAUCCCCUGCUCCGUGGGAGACAGCUCCCGCUGCACCUCCUGCUCCACAGAGAAUCGCACACGGCUGCUCCAGCUGUAA